AUGCCUGGCUUAUACUCAGACACGGACAAUAGCACGCCUAAGAUCAACGGGUAUGACGAAAGAGCACAGAAGGAGCCUGGUCGUGAAUGGCUUUCGAUCCCGCGCACCUCGGAACCAGCAGAUGGAUGGGAAAAGAUCACAUAUAGACAGGCUGCUAAAGCUAUCAACCGAAUCGCACACAGGAUCACUGCAGUGGCAGGCGCGGCAGACCCGGGGGAGUUCCCUACGAUUGCUUAUAUUGGACUCAAUGACUCUCGAUAUCUCGCUUUCAUGUACGGCGCCGUCAAGGCGGGAUACAAGGCGCUCUUCGUAUCUCCCCGCAAUUCGGUUGAAGGCCAACUACGGCUCUUCCAGGCCACAGACUGCCACGCCGUCGCCUGUUCUGCAGAAUUCGAAACGGUUGUUCAGUCGUGGGUUGGACAUCGGCCCAUGACGAGCUUCGUUCUCUCUCCUGAGAGAGAACUACUGGCCGACACCGCUGAUGUUAUACAUAUUCGCUACGAGAAAGAGUUCGCUGAGGCCCAAUGGGAUCCGUUCGUUGUGCUUCACAGCAGUGGAAGCUCCGGAUUUCCAAAACCUAUCGUAUUGAAGAAUGGAAAUAUGGCCACAGCUGAUGUGCCGCUUUUUCACAUUGCUGGUCUCUAUGUCGCGACGUUCUACAGCACUUUCUACCAGGCCGAGCAGUCUCUCUCAUUGGGAAUUGGGACUCGGCCGAUCACUGCAGACCUCAUGAAUCAAUGCCUGAAGCAUUCAGGAGCUGACGCCGUCUUUAUGCCUCCAUCAAUUGUGGAUGAUAUGGCGCUGGUUCCAGAAUACAUUGAGACCCUCAAGGGGUUGAAAUAUGUGGCAUGGGGUGGUGAAAACUGGCGAUAUUUCAUCUUUGACAAAGACUACGGCGGAAACGACUUUCGAAGGCUUCCUGGGGACGAAGAUAUCUAUAAGCACUUCUUCAAGCGUCAAGCCAAGCAUCCAGGACUCCAGGGCAUUUUCUGGACGUUUCCGGAUAUCGAUGAAUUUGAUACCCAGGAUCUCUACCGUCCGCACCCGACGCUUGAGGACCAUUGGCUAUUCUACGGGCGAGCCGAUAGUAUUAUCGUCUUCUCAAACGGCGAGAAGUUGAAUCCUGUCACAAUCGAGGCUGUCGUGCUUUCCCAUCCACAAAUCAAGGGCACGCUGGUGGUAGGCAGCAACCGACGUGAGCCGGCCCUUAUCCUCGAGCCGGUCACACCGCCCAAAGACGCAAAGGAAGCGAAGGAGCUCAUUCAAAGCGUCUGGCCACUGGUUCAAGAGGCCAACCGUGAUACUGUAGCGCACGGACACAUCCAACAUGACAUGAUAAUGCUUUCUGUUCCUGACAAGCCGUUUCCGCGUGCAGGGAAGGGGACAAUCCAACGACCCGUGGCCGUGCAGCUCUAUGAGAAGGAAAUAUCCGAGGUGUAUGACAAUGCGCAUCGCGAGCAGGAGGACGUGCCGGUCGUUGACAUCUCAUCCGAGCCUGCACUUCGACAGUCGAUAGAAGAACUUCUCAAGUCGAAGCUUGAUGUGCCCAUGUUGGAUCAGGACACCGAUUUCUUUACCAUGGGAAUGGACUCGCUACAGGUCAUUGUCAUUUGUCGCCUUCUUACUGCUGGCCUGAAAGCCGCGGGUGUCGACGUGGGCGGUGCUUUGGCACCACGGGCCAUCUACUCGAAUCCGAGUCUUGGACGUCUCUCAGACUAUAUCUUCAAGCUCAUUGAAUCAACGGGGUCUCAUCAGGAAGCGAUGAAUGGAGAUGCGACGUCCGAGAUGAAAGAGCUCGUCGACAAAUAUAUCAAGGGGUUGCCCACCAAGACGAUAAGCAAGCCGGGACCUCGCGUUGAGCGGCAGACAGUCAUCAUCACCGGGAGUACAGGCGCAUUGGGCUCGUACUUGCUCGACCUACUGAUCUCAUCCGACAAGAUUGAGAAAAUCAUCUGUCUCAAUCGGGCCCAGGACGGAGGAAGAACGCAGCAAAUCCAAGCGUGCGCCGAACGUCGUUUAACCACCGACUUCACCAAGUGCGAAUUUUUCCAUGCCGACCUGUUACGUCCAGACCUUGGACUUGGGGCGGCAGACUACGACCGAAUAUCCAAUGCUGUCGAUCGGAUCAUCCACAAUGCAUGGCCUGUCAACUUCAACAUGCCUCUGUCGUCGUUCGAGCCAUCCAUCCGAGGUGUGCGCCACUUGGUGGACCUCAGCAUUAAUGCGCCGCAACAAGUCCCCAUCGUAUUCAUCUCGAGCAUCAGCACAGUUGAUGGGUGGACAGAUGGCAACGUGCCUGAGUUGUCUGUUCAAGAUCUAGGUGUAGCCGCGAUGGGAUAUGGCCAGUCCAAGCACGUAUCGAGCCUCAUUCUCGAUGAGGCGGCCAACGUCUCCGGCGUCUCGGCUGCGAGCAUCCGAGUUGGGCAGAUCGCCGGACCACGAGGCCAGGCUGGUGCGUGGAACAAGCAGGAAUGGUUUCCGUCGAUAAUCGCCUCUUCUCUCCAUCUCGGAGCUAUUCCGACAGAUCUAGGACGGUUAUCGACUGUAGACUGGGUGCCAAUUGAAGACGUUGCACAAAUGGUCGUCGAAGUCAGCCAACAGCGGAACGAGGAUAUCAGUGGUUAUUUCCACUGCGUCAACCCGGCCAUGACAACCUGGGAAGAACUUGUCCCCGCGGUCAAGAGUUUCUAUGGUUCUCGAAUCACCCAACUGGUCACGUUCAAGGAAUGGGUCGAGCUCUUGAAGAAGAGUGCCGGUGUGACCAAGGACAUACAGAGAAAUCCCGGCAUCAAGCUGCUUGAUUCAUAUGAGGCACAAGCAAACGCUGCCGGCAUCAAGCAGGUCUUACUGGACAUGGAGAGAACGAAGAGACAUGUUACCGGGGCGAGAGAGCUGGAUGCCAUCACCCCUGAGCUAGUUCAGAACUGGUGUAGACAGUGGGAUUUCUGA